CUUACUUCAGUAUAAUCAAUUUAUCAAUCCGCUUUUUUUCUUGUGUGUUAUUUAUCGAGGCACCGAAGGGUAAAUGCUAAAUGCGUACAUGUUACGAACAGUUAUCAUAAAACAUGGAUAUUUCCUCAAAUAAUGGAAACCAAAGUACAAAAACAAUUAAUUGACUACUUUUCCUACUUCGACGAAUUUCACACGGCAGUGAAAACAAGUUUGAAAGAUUGCCAAAACUGCGCUGCGUCUAUAAAUAAACUGAUAAAGCGUUGUAAGAACAUAAAGGAGGCGGUCGUGACGGGUACACCAUUGGACGAAUUUGAAGGAUUGCAAAGCAAGCUAAGUGCUUCCAUACUUAACCUUAUCUCGGAAGACGUACAAGAAAUCAGAAGUAAAUUGUGCACAAUAGAGGAGCUUUUUGAGAAACUCUGCAACAAAAAUACCACACUGAGGGAAAGCUGCAAGGGUAUUGAUUUUGCACCCAAUUCUGCCCUGGUGAAAGGCACGCCACUUCAACCACCAUUAAAACAACUACUGGAAUUUGCUGAAGAUACAAUAACAUUUGGAAGCCAGGUGUGCUCCCAAAUAGAAAUAUCACUGAAUGUACUUUCAUUCAAGGAAUUAAACACAGAAGCAAUCGGAGAUAACUUCCGCUUCCCUGUAAACUGGCAAAAGCGAAUCUGUGAAAUAAUUUCAUACACAUCAUUCAUAUCAGAGAACCAAAUUUAACCAUGGACCUACUUGACUCAAUUCUCAAUUCCAUGCAAAAGCCUCCAACGGCUAGCGAAGCUCAAAAAAAUGCAAUGCGCAAACAAAAAGAGGCCAUGGAAAACAGGCAAAAAGAGGAACGAAAUAUGAUUAACAGGUUCAGAAAACGUGUUGAGGAGAAAAUAAGCAACUUUAUAAAAGAUGGUAAAAAACCUCAUUUACAGUUUGAGCCAAUGGAACAAAUGUAUAGGUCUAUCAUCAGGGAUGUAUCUGAAAUUGCUGGUUUACAAGUCUUCUCGUUUGGCCAAGAAGGCAUAGACCGGUAUUCUGUUGUGUACCUAAAAGACAAUGGCCCUUCCGAAGAUGAACUAACAGUACGUAGGGCUGGUGGAGUAUGGAGCGAAGACAAAGCAGCUGAAAUGGCUUUAGCACAUUUUGAAAAACAGAAGCAGGCAGCUUUAGAGUUAGAAGAAGAGAAGAAUAGAAAACGGAAGCGUGGGCAAGAGGAAUUGAGUGGUACAUUCUAUAAACAGAAGUAUGCUCAUUUGAUUGGCCAAGAGGCUGCUAUUGAUGCUGCUCAGAAAACAAAUGUUAACAAGAGUUAUGGAGAAGUUCCUAGUGAGAAUAAGAAGGACCAGCGCUCUAUUGAACAGACAAUGGCUGACAUAAAAGCUAAAAAGAUGAAAAAAGCAGAAACGGACAAAAGAGAUGCAGACAGCAGUGAACAAAUCUAGUACAUGAUUACUAAAAUACGUAGAUAGAAUUUAGUAAGAUUCUUAAUAAAUGGUAAUUAUGACCAAUUUAUGCUAAGACUUCAUAGUUUUAAAAUUAGUUCUCUAUUUAAUUGCGAGUAUAAGCAAUAUUUUAUUUUAAAGAAUUGUGUUCUAAUUUCACCAGACUGUUCUAGCUAGAAUGCAAAUUGCUAUUGAAAAUUAAAAAUUGAAACAAAUUAUUUAACCAAUUUUGUUUCCGUGCCAUCACAUACUUUACCUGAGGCGUUAGACAUCUAUGUGUAAUUGAUGGUAACUCAGAGUCGACACAGAUGCGUGUCAUCCAAUAUUAUGGCGUUUGGUCACUUAAUAGUGUCACGUCAUUUUGUUCGACGCCACAGAUAGAAAAAAGAUAAAUUCGACAUCUCAAUUAUAUUAUAUAUUUAACAUAAAUUCAUUAUUAUUUUGCAAAUACUGGCUGAUUUUCAGACUUACCAAUUAUAAUUACCUAUUAAGGUUAUAACUUUUCUUUACAUAAAACUAUUUUGAUUAUCUUCUGUUAUGUCGAAGUGCAUAGCGCAUCGUUAUCGCUGCGUGUAACUGGCACACAAUACCAGCAACCAAGUAAUCCUUAGAUGGUCAUUGGUUUCCAUUUCCAUACCUUAACCAAAUCCUUAGUCUUCCGACGAAAAAAAAACACAGGCCAACCUCCAGUAUGAAGGAUAUACAUAUACAUAUAAUAUAAUACUGUUUACUGCCGGCACUAAAACAAUUAUUGUACCUAUACUACUAUGAGAACAGCUGUCAACAUUGACAAGAAAAAAUUAAACCAAAGAAUUUGAUUGUUAUGUUCAGUAACGACUUACGUAGCGGUUUGACGAGGAACUCUCCUAGUAAGUAACGCUGCUUUUGAAUAUGAGCCCCUAUCGUGGCUUGAAACUAGUCGAGUUCCUCAUCAAACAUUUUCGUAAGUAUGCCGUGGAACAUAAUUAUUAAUUUAAUAUGUCUCACGAAAGUUACAAGACCAAUAAUAUAACUUUUGAACUGUCACACACAUCAAUUUUUAUUAAAAAUAACAGUAAGUCACAAGUUCUUACAGUUUUUUUUCAACGGACGCUGUUUUACAAUGUGUAUUCUUAUGUCUUAUGUACUAUAAGAGUGUCCGUUAGAGCCAGUUUAUCAAUACCAGGUAAAUUUAGUGGCACAUACAUAAGUAUAUGUAGGUAUAUAAAAUGAAUUGCUGUUCGCUAGUCUCGCUAAAACUCCAGAAGGGCUGGACUACAGUAAUAAUAUUAUAUGGAUAGUAUUACAGUGGCUGGACCGAUAUGGCUUAUUGUGUUCUUGGAAUAUUCCUGCAUAUACAAGGAAGGUUUAAAAGGUCAUAAAAAAAUGAAACUUAAUAAAAAAUAUGUUAGUACGAAGUUUGCCGGGUCAGCUAGUGUUCCACAUUUAAAUUAAUCUGGUACGGGCUGGCGAAUUGUAAAAUAGACCACAUUUUUUUUUAAAAGUAAUGUUUAUCCAUUGACUACAACUUCCAUUGUAAAGCCCUGGCUUACAUAAAAUACCUCGAUGUCGUAUGUCUAAAAUUAAUUCUACAAUUAUGUAACGUAGAUACAACUUAAUAUUUUUUUACCCACACUAAGAAGAUAAAAGACUGGGUUGAUUUUGAUUAGCUAGCAAUAAAUUAGAUAACAUAUGGUACCUCUACUUUAUAUUAUUCGAUUGUGUUUAAGAGUUGAAAUAAAAAUUAUUCCAUACUUCUUGUUUUGUUUCAUUAUUUUAUGAUUAACUUUGCCUUUUAUAUUUACAUAAUUUUAUGUAAAAUAUAAACAUUUGGG